AUGUCUCAACUUUCUCGAUUUUCAGAUGCUGGUCCCUCGUCAUUUCUUGGGAGUGAUAUUCCUGACGAUUUUACAUCAUAUUCUAUGACAACGCCUGCUACCUCUCUUGCACAAGAUCAACCAGCAAUCUCCUUUAAGUCCUUUCUAUCUACGACCGACACAGGUUCUCCUAUCCCCGAAUCGUUACAACUGGUAGGGCCUGAUAGGAGAAAGUCCUGGGUUCUUUGGUCUGAAAUGAAUAAGGAUGAUUUUAUCAGAGACCCUCAAGUCAUGUGUAAACAAUGCGGGAAGACUCUUCCUCAUCCACAGAAGACAUCAAAUGGUACGAAUUCUAUGAAACGACAUUUGAGUGGAGCAAAGUGCGUGAAAGCAGCAUUUGAUACUACUCAGCAACAGAACAUCCAAGAAUCCCUCCAAUUCGCAACAAUAAAAGUAUUCAAUGACGAAGAUUGGACUCAAACUCAAAUCGAACUGAUUGCAAAUUCACACCUCCCAUUCCAAUUUCUCGCACACAAAGGCCUUAUCAAUCUGAUUCAAUAUGCCUGUCUGGCUCCCACUAUGCCGAAUCUACUCUCGCCAACUACCGCUCGGCGUCAGCUUGGACUUCAAGUCAAGAGGAGACAAGCAGAAAUUCUGUCCUAUCUCCCACCUGGUGCAAAGAUCUCAGUAGCUCUUGAUUGUUGGACCUCACCUUUCCAGCAAGCAUUUAUAGCAAUAACUAGAUAUUUUAUCGACAAGAAUUGGCAAUAUCGUGAGAUUCUUCUAGGGUUUGAGCCUCUCUAUGAUCGGCAUACCAGUAUAAAUCUUAGUGCGGUUUUAUUAGAGACACUUCAGCAACAUGACUUAGUUGACCGUGUACUGGCAUUGACAACUGACAAUGCUUCAAAUAACAAAACCCUACUACGGGCGUUCAAUGACGCAAUCGAGUCCCCAGAUAUCCCAGAGGAGCUUCGUCUUGUACGCAUACCCUGUCUGGCUCAUGUUAUCCAACUUAGUCUCAAGGACUUGUUAUGCCUUAUGAAAGUGAAUCUAAAAAAUGAUAAUCCGGACCAAGCCUGGUCAGAUGAAGAAGCAGAGCGACUACGGCAAAUCCGGAGAGAAAAGGGCAUCAGUUAUACACUAGCCAAAAUACGUGGCUUGGCUAUUUUUAUCAAUGCUAGCCCCUAA